CAAUUCUUCCUCUUAAAAACUUCUUCAACUUCAACUACCACAACAUUUUUUUUCGUGAACUACCAUGAACCUCUCUGCUGAGAACUACCCCGCCGCCAUCAUCCCUGCUCAUGAUGAUGAUGCCAUGUCCGUCAUGACUGAGGAGGACCUCAUCGCCAGUCUGAGUGAUAACAUCUCCUUUGCCAGCUCCACCCCUGGACAAUUUGUUGCUCCCUCUCCCCUUCGUCCCUUGGUAGCGAAUGCUGCUACAACAGUCUUGUCUUUGUCAGAGAAACUUAGACUAGAACUUCAACAGCAUGUAGAGGCUGUCAGUGCUGCUCACGCUAUGAACGAUGAGCAAGCAGCUGAAUUAGCCCUUAAUAAGGUCAGACGCGUCAAAGAAAUGAUAGAUAUAGAAAUAGCAUGCAGUCAGUACCUUUCGCCUUCUGUGAAAGUUGUAGAGAAGAGCAGUCGCACUGGAGGGUUGACUCUUAAUAGAAGAGAUCUUCCUAAGUUCCAGUUGUCAGACGAUGUAAUUAGAUCCUUCCCAAAUGAAGAGGUCUUUCACUCAGUAGACCACUUCCUUCGCACCUUCCAAAAGGUUAUUGAGUCGUCCCUUCAGGACAUUGAACUAGUUUGGAAGAGAUUUUUGCCGCUCUGCUUGCCUCAUAGUGACGAUGGAUGGGUAGAGAUGGAUUUGAAGAAGUGUGUAGAUUGGAACGUGGCCAAGAUCUGCUUUACAGCAAGACAUGGAUCGCACUUGGUGACAUCCCGUUCAGUAAAAGAGGUAUUUACCAUGGUAAUGCUUCCUUCUGAGUCGAUUGGAGAUUACUCCAAGAAGUUCCUUCAGGCUGUGUAUGAUGCCGGCCUCCCCAAAAACGAUGCUUGUGUUGCUGACCGCUUCCUCGCUUCCUUGACUAGGCAAGUACAGACACUCUUGCAGCUUACCAUGACCAGAUUGGACUUCAAUGGCGAGACCAAAAGAGAUUGGACUGUGGAGCAGUUGAUGCAGAUUGGCAGAGACAUCCUUGGCGACGACAAUCGCAUGUAUGCUGAAGCUACCCAGCUCAUUCCUGGUGCCAACAUGCAUACUGAGAGGAGAAUGGAGAAGAAGAGAAUGGAGGCGUACCCUCGCAAGAAGGUGCACUCCAGCAACAACCAGCAGCACCGAAUCAGUAAGCCAGAGCGUUCCUUCUUCUGCUCGCACCAUGGUAAGAAUACUACACAUGAGUCAAGCAAAUGCUUCACCCUGGCCAACAAGGCCAAAGUAGCUGCCCCCACCAAGCACAACCCCUGCAGGCGGUGUGGAGAAAACUACUUCUGUGGCCACGUCUGUAAGGACAGUGAGCCAGUCCUGAUGGUCUUGCAGGUCCCUGCCAAGGAGAAGUCUGAGCAAGUGCUCAAGGCGAUCCAAGACAGUGUCGACUUGGAACUUGAAGACAUGUCUUUCAACUUUCCUUCACUUUCUUGUCAAAGAAUAGUGCAUGCACCCGAGGUGUUAGAGUUUAAUACAGAAUUUAAUUUUGAUAUUCUUCUUGGAAGAGAUAUCUUAACAAAAAUGAACAUCGGAUUGAUUAAUGUUGCAUAUGAUAUCGAAGGAGAAUAUAUUCAUUCAGAUAAUGCUAAAGACUAUGCUGCUGUGUAUGAGAAUCUAAAUAUCAAUAAAGAGAAAAAGUUUGAACCGGAUAAUUUGCCAGCUGGUACGGAAACACAGCGAACAGAAUUUAUUCAGUCAAUUCAGGCCUCACUGGAUGAAAAUAAGAAAAUCCCAGUCGAGUCCUCUUGUCCUUUAUCAGAAUCUCUAAUUAGAUUACCCACAAAAGAAGGCACCACAGCUUAUAGACGUCAAUAUCCUAUUCUCCAUGCUCUACGACCAACACUUGAUAAACAACUAUGCAUAAACAGACAUAUUUCUCAAAAGACACUGAGUGCACCCUUUUCACUAAUGUAUGCUCGCAGAUUUAAUGUACCUGAUGAGUAUGGUGAUAAAGCAAAAUUCUCUCUUCCCAAAAACACGCUGAGUUUCCAGUGCAGAUCUCUUGAAGUAUAA